UCUCAACAGUUGGUGAAAGGAACACUGGCACGACUUCCCUUUCCUAUCUCAUUGAAAAAUCGCGCCUCAUCAAGAUCAUCUUCGUUGCUCGAUAUACUCAGUAUUCGUAUAACGUACGAUGCUGUUCAGAGAGUGAAAUGUGAAGGAUUAUGGAGUUUUUAUGAAAUAAAGAACAGGUAUGGAUAGCAAUCGGGCAAUUCAGGAUAUCAAUGCAAUGCCGGUAAAGCUGUACUAUCGGGAUUAUUCGAAACCAGAGGACGAGAAUAAGGCAGAACCGAUCGAAACCGUUUACAGGACCACUGACAGGGCCACGCUGAAAUAUUUGAAGAAUCACGAUCCUAAUAUACCUUAUUCCAUCAACACUGUACAUCUACAGGACCCGUACAAACAUCCUCUUAAAUUAGAAGGAUACGCCACAGCAGAUAUUUUCAAAGUUCGACCAGCCUCGUUCAAGAUUAUGUACCGGACGAAGGAUACGACGUUAAGGUCUAGGCACAGCAAGAACGCGCUCAUCAAGAAAGAAAGUCCUCUAAUGCAUUAUGACAAUGACGACGACAAGAGUAUAAGUAAAAGUGACAAUCAACGAUGCAUAAGGAUUACGAACAUUAUGAAGCAAUAUUGUACGAAUAGUACUCUUCAUGGCCUGCGUUAUAUCGGAGAUUCGAAUUUGUCAAUUGUCGAGAGAAUAUUCUGGGUAAUUUCCUUUACACUAGCGGUCCUAACAGCCGCUUAUUAUAUUUGGUUCCUAUAUCGAAAGUGGGUUUCGACACCUAUUAUCAUUGCUCUCAGUCCAGAAUCGGUGUCCCUGGACCAGUUGCCGUUCCCCUCAGUUACCAUUUGUAACAUGAACAACGUAAAAAAAAGCGAGGCAGCUCGUAUAAACGCUGGGAACGAUAUACGAAAGAAGCUGUUAUUGGAGGAUAUGUGUCGUCUUGAAAGUAUGUCGCCUCGUAGUUUCAACGAGAGCACGAUAACUUGGGAUAACGUCUUGCGUUUUAUGAUCAACGUGUCGCAAUCUUGCACAGACAUGCUGCAUUUGUGUAAAUGGCACGGGAAUGUUACUGAUUGCGAGAAGAUAUUUAAUCCCACCAUGACGGAUGAAGGGAUGUGUUGUAAUUUCAAUUCUGUCGACAGAAAGUACCUGUUUUAUAACCCACGAGAUUGGUCCGACAUCAACAUGACGUUCCCAUUCAACAGCAUCGAUUGGAAUCCCGAAACCGGAUAUGAUGAAAACGUACCUCCAGAUUCCAUUCCAUGGAGACCGUACGGUGCUGGACAAUAUUAUGGUCUGACUCUGGUUCUUGAUGUGGACGUCGAUGAAUAUUACUGUUCAUCCACUGCUAGUGUUGGUUUCAAGAUGCUGCUGCAUAACCCGGUGGAGACACCAAAGAUCGCCGAAUUUGCGUUCACUGUGACUCCGGGCGAGGAGACUAGAGUGAUCAUAACGCCUCGAUUAUCGACCGCCAGCAAGUCGAUAAUCUCUGUUCCUCUAAAGAAGAGGAAGUGCUUCUUUACCUCGGAGAGAAAGCUACGUUACUACAGAACCUACACACAGAGGAACUGUAUCCUCGAAUGCGAGGCGAAUUUCACGCAGAAGAUCUGUCACUGCGUCCAGUAUUAUAUGCCCAAAUCUUCUAAUACGUUAAUCUGUGAGAAGAAAGACGAUACAUGUGCGAUGAAAGCUCGCAGAGCAAUGGAAGUUAAACUUUACGACGAUGAUAUUGGGAUAGCCUUAAACGUCUCUGAAACGCCAAGUUGCAACUGCUACCCCGGAUGCUUCGAGAUCGGUUACAACGUCGAAAUCUCACAGAGCAAACUGGUGUCCUCUUUCAUUGUUCCUGACAGCUACGUGAAGAAAAGCAAAGAAUACUUCUCUACCAACAUGGCGGUGGUCCACCUGUUCUUCGUCGAUUCUCAAUUCACUAAGUAUAUGAAGAACGAGUUGUUUGGUUUCACAGAAUUUCUAUCUAAUACUGGUGGCUUGUUGGGUCUCUUCAUGGGCUUUAGUUUCCUCUCUUUGGUGGAAAUCAUGUAUUUCGCGACAUUGCGAUUCUGGUGCCGCAUAUAUAAAAAGAGACAUGCUUCUCGUGAUAAUACUCUUCACGUGCAACCAUUCGACUCUAAUACUAACCUCGUUUAUCCAUUUGUACAAUGAUCUAUCUAUUCUUACUUUCUUUAAGAAACUUACUAAUUUUUGACAAAAGUUUUAUUGUCGUUAAUCGUUAGUAUAUAAAUUGCAUGUAAACAGAUGUUUGAUCUACAAAAAUGUGCGAUAUUAUGUAAUUUAUGAGUUUUUGAAUGUACUGUGAAGAAAUAUAUUUGAGAAUAUAAUGUGCUUCUCAACUAGUGUA